UGGCCUCGCCCUGUGGGGAAAGUUCAGAGAUGAUCAGGAGUGGAUGUCAGGGAUCUCAGAGGGGACAAUUCCUACGGUGGGGACUGGUGGCUUCUUUAGCCUUUAAAAGAGGAAGCAGGGGGACUUUGAGAGGUUGCAGAUGACCUACUUAUGGGUCCCUGGUCAGGUAAGGUCACCCUGCCAGGGCCUGUGGCAGACAGAAGGCAGGACCUACUCAGCUUGGGCCUCUGUGGCUACGAAGAUGGUCCAGGGGACUUGCUCUUUUGAUUUUUCAAGAGAAAUCAGGAACCAGAUGGAUGUGAAAUCUUAUUUUUAAAUACUGGCAACACUUCGGUCAUUGAAAAGUCUGGGGGGCUAAUCUGACAGUGCUGGUGGGGUCCACAUGGGACCUUUGCACCAGGGCUACAGAGGUGGGGACACAAGGCUUGCAAGAGCCAGGCCACGCAGAGGAGUUUCAUAAAUUCAACAGAGAAGUAGAAAGUACUGAGGAUGGCAGGGCUCGCCAGUAUGCCCAUCGUGAUGGAAGAUGUCAUGAAGCUGCUGUGCUCCAUCUCUGGGGAGAGGAAAAUGAAGGCAGCUGUCAAGCACUCUGGUACAGGCGCCCUGGUCACAGGGGCUGUGGCCUUCGUUGGUGGUCUGGUCGGAGGCCCACCUGGACUGGCUGUUGGGGGGGCUGUCGGGGGCCUCUUAGGUGCAUGGAUGACAAGUGGACGGUUCAAGCCAAUUCCUCAGAUCAUAAUGGAGUUGCCGCCCAGUGAGCAGCAAAAGCUAUUUAAUGAAGCCUCUACCAUCCUCAGGCACCUGGACUGGACGGACGCUGUGCAGCUGACCACACUGGUCAUGGGCAGUGAGGCCCUGAAGCAGCAGCUGCUAGCCAUGCUGGUCAACUACGUCACCAAGGAGCUCCGGGCCGAAGUUCAGUAUGAUGACUAGGUCGUUCCUCCUGGAAGUGGGGGUCUCAUUUAGAUGAUUCCUGGGCCUCCCAGGUGGGGACGGGGAGUUGGGGAAGCCCCACACCAUCAGUGUAUUACCUAAAUGGAGUGAAAUCUGCUGGGGAAGCUCCUAUUGUGCCGUAUCAUGUUCUGGAAAUUAUUUAUGAAGACACUGGAUUUUGGGUCGUGUGCACUAAUAAUGCGUAGUGACACCCCUUUUGCUUGGAAGCUGGUGAAAAGUGAAGCCGUGCCUGCUGCAGACGUGGGUGACAGCUUCUUGAAUCCACUGUCACUCAUACGGGAGCACAGCAGGAGGCCUGCGUGUUCCGUCUCCUCACCUGUGACGAUGAGCCCUGUCUGAAGCACCUGUUACAGGACUGGUUCCUCCCCUGGGGCUCAGGGGCUUAAGGCCAAGAGCUGCCCCGUACCGGAAUCAUGUUUACCUCAUGUGUCGCCUCCCUGACCAGUGGCUGAGUGGCCCCAUGGAGGGGCAGUUGCUUGUGGAGCGAAGCCAAAAACAUCCAGGCACCCAGCCCUGCUCUACCCAGCACACCUGGGCCCUCAUCCUCCCAGGGGCUUCGUCUCAUCAUUGGACAAGUCGUGGUAGUUCUUGAAUUUUUCUUUUAAAAUUAAGUACUUAAACAGCAAAGAAAAUGACUCUUUCUGAUGUGGUAGGAUCUAAGCAAUGUGUCCACCCCGAAUUUCCCCUAAUACUGUAUUCCCUUGGCUUUCAGAACCCUAACUUGACUAGGUAUCAUCAAAUUGCAAUAAAUGUUUUCUGAACAGGA